AUGACGGUCAAUCCCAGAAAGACAAUUUGUGUGUUUUGCGGUUCAUCAUUUGGAAAAGAAGCGUCCUAUUCUCAAGCGGCAACGGAGCUAGGAAACUUGCUUGCGGCAAAGGAUUAUGGGCUGGUUUAUGGCGGUGGAACUACGGGACUGAUGGGACUGAUUGCCAAAUCUGUCGCAUCAAAAGGUGGUUAUGUUCAUGGAAUCAUUCCCGAUGCUUUGGUCUCCAAAGAACGAACUGGCUCUGUUGAUGAGAUUAACAAAAAGAUUCAAUCCGAUGUGGACAAUCACAAAGGAGAAACCCCAUUAGAUGAUAGUUACGGUAGAACUACGAUUGUGUCGGACAUGCACACAAGAAAAAGAAUGAUGGGAAUGGAAGCAGACGGCGGCUUUGUUGCCAUGCCCGGAGGGUUUGGCACUUUGGAAGAAAUUAUGGAAGUUACCACAUGGUCUCAAUUGGGAAUUCAUCAAAAACCUGUGGUUUUGUUUAAUGUGGAUGGCUUCUACGACGACUUUAUCAAAUUUUUGAGCAAAGCUGUUGAAGCGGGAUUCAUCUCCAAGAAUAAUAGCAAUAUUGUGGCGGUUGCAAGUACACCCGAGGAAGUUAUUGAAAAAUUAGAUAAUUAUGUUGUGCCAGAUGGGAGAUUCAACCUCACUUGGAAAAACCACUAG